GAACAUGAUUUGUUGCUAACUUCACACUGUUACUCUCAGCUGAUUUGUUUAGUUUCGAAAGGUUUUAGGCAAUUUUUUACUAUUUUAGUGUUUGCAAAGCCUAAAUUAAUAAUAAAGUGAAUGUAAAAUAAUAAAAAAGUGAAACAUUUUGCUUUAGUGUACUAGAUUUAUUGUGGGAGUUUGUCAUAUUGGUAGAAAAUCAGUGUAAAUUCCCUCAGCAACCUUGACGUUUGGCGUUGUUUUUGUUUACACGUGCAUAAUGGAAAUAUGCCACCGACUAAGCAGGAGAUUCGUCUAGAGAAGAAAAAGAAGAAAAUGGCAGCAUUGGCCGCUGUUGCUGAAUUAAAUGACAGAGACUUGGGAUUGAAGGAGGAAGGAACUUCGAGCAUUGCUGAUCAGUCGUGUGAUCCGGAACCAGAAAUCAAGCGUCCAAAAAUCGAUGAAAUGUCCCCGGAGAAGGCAACUUUCACGAAGGAGGAGUACAAAGAGCUGAAGAAGGCUCUGGAAGACAGGAAGAAACAGCUGAAAAAUGUGCCAAAAAUUAGACUCAAAACUCCGGGAGAGGUGGCUUCUCUGGAUAUUCGUGCCUGCGAUAGGACACCUAUUUUCCUGGAAGAUAUCCAGCACCUUGUGAUGCAGACAGUGUUCGGGAAGGAAUCUCCCCAGACUCCCUGGAGAUGGUGCAACUUGGAGAAAGUUCAGCAAAUCACACAUACUGUGAUCCUUUUCAUCGAAGGAAUCUACCUGUAUCACUUCUCAGCGUACGAGAGUCUCUUUCAGGAGACAAACAAGAUAUUCAAAUUGAAACUGGAGACAGUGAUGCCGCCACAUCGAGAGGGACGAAUUCUCGAGGAGUUUGCAUCAGUGCCAUUGGCAAUGAGCCAACGCGAGAUACUAAUCCGGCAGUAUGGGAGUCUUGAAGCUGCUCUGGAAGUUAUGCAGGAUCCAGUUGUGAUGCUCAAGUCAAUAUUUCCCAUUGAAAAGAGAAAUGGGGACAAGGAGCAAGAAGAAGAACUCCAUCCGGAUGAUGUAUUUCCGCGAACAAAGCUCCUUCUGAGACCUCUGCAGAUGGUUGAUGAAGGAUACCCACUGCCACUGAGAGGAGAAUUGGCUACCAAAUGUCGAGAUUACCUCCUCACGAAAGACUCCUACAAGGAAGUCACGCCGCAGAGCCCAAUGUUUGGGCUGGAUUGUGAAAUGUGUCGAACAACUUUGGGAUUCAAUGAGCUGACACGUGUCUCAAUUGUCAAUGAGGAGUACAAAACUGUCUAUGAGACUCUGGUGAAGCCUGCCAAUCCCAUCAUCGAUUAUCUCACUCCCUACUCCGGAAUUACGGCAGACCUGAUGAAGGAUGUCACAAAAACCGCCGAGGAAGUGCAGCAAGAGAUUCGGGAACUUCUCCCGGCUGAUGCCAUUCUCGUUGGCCAAAGCUUAAAUAUGGAUUUGAAUGCUCUGGGAAUGAUGCAUCCCUAUGUGAUUGACACGAGUGUCAUCUACAAUAUCACCGGAGAUAGGAGAUUCAAGAGUAAACUCCAAGUCCUAGCCAGAGAAUUUCUCGGAGAGACUAUUCAGAAGAAUCCAGAGGGACACGAUUCUGUGGAGGACAGUGUGGCCACACUAAAGCUGACAAAGUUAAAAUUAGCCAAGGGCAUUGACUUUGGCGAUAUUGUGCUCAGCAAAAAGCGCCGUCAGAAGCGAAAAGAAGAAAAUUUCGAUGAGAUGCUGGCAGAAAUUGAAGGAAAAGUGCUGAAAAAAGCUCUCACAAAACCCAAGAAGAAUCUCUCAACGCUGAUUGUGUCGUCAAAUGCAACAGGAGCUGACUAUGAAAAGUUCAUGGAGGCAAGGAGAUUGCAGCAAACGGCAGAGGAACAGGAAAAUGCAAAAAUUUCCUGUUUCAUGAAGAAGAGCAAUAAGGCGGCAAUUAGUAAGACUUGCACAGCUCUCCUUGAUGCUGCCUUUGCUCUAACACAUGUAAAAAUCAACCCGGACAAUUUGGUGGAUGAGAAAGUGGAGGGAACACUGUCACGAGUGGAUCAGUGGAUUAGCAAAAUCUGGAAUUCAAUGGCCAUCAAUGGGGUGUUCUUGGUCCUAAUGGGAGGUUCACCACUUUCCUCGAGUGGAGUUUCUCUCAUGGAGGUGAAAAAACUGUCCAGAAGCGAUAAAUCAUCGCAGUGACAGAGGGAUAGCACACCAGAGAUUAUAUUUCUGGUCGAUGUACAAUAAAUAAAUUCACGUGAAGAAUUUAAAA